CCGUAUAACCCCUCACCCACUCACGCCUUCCUCACCUCUCUCUGGGGAAGAAAAAACCCUAACAAAAAUGGGGCUGCAUCCGGUGGCGGACGCCAACGAGAAAAGCCCCUUCGGCGAUCUCUCCGCCGAGGAAUUCUACAACCGCCAUGGCGUCACCCACUCCUCCGCCUUCAUCACCAACUCUCGCGGCCUCAAGCUCUUCACUCAGUGGUGGUCCCCUCUCCCUCCUUCCCGUCCACUCGGCCUCGUUGCCGUCGUCCAUGGCUUCACCGGCGAAUCCAGUUGGUUCCUUCAACUUACCUCCAUCCUCUUCGCCAAAUCCGGCUUCAUCGCCGUCGCUAUCGACCACCAAGGCCAUGGCUUCUCCGACGGCCUCGGUGCUCACAUCCCCGACAUCAACCCCGUCGUCGACGACUGCAUCUCCUUCUUCGACGACUUCCGCAGCCGCCACGUGUCGCCGGAUUUGCCUUGUUUCCUCUACUCCGAGUCCCUCGGCGGCGCAAUAGCGCUCUACAUCGCGAUCCGGCAGAAAUCUCGCUGGGACGGUCUCAUCCUCAACGGAGCAAUGUGCGGAAUCAGCGCUAAAUUCAAACCUCCAUGGCCGUUGGAGCACUUGCUCUUCGUCGUCGCGACUCUCAUCCCUACCUGGCGCGUCAUCCCCACGCGCGGAUCGAUCCCCGAUCUUUCCUUCAAGGAACCAUGGAAGAAGAAGCUCGCGCUCGCGAGCCCUAGGAGGACGGUGGCGAGGCCACGCGCCGCCACGGCGUACGAGCUCGUGCGCGUGUGCAAGGAUCUACAGGGAAGGUUCGAGGAGGUGGAGGUUCCGAUUCUGAUCGUUCACGGGGGCGACGACGUCGUCUGCGACCCUGCGUGCGUGGAGGAGCUUCACCGGCGAGCGAAGAGCGUAGACAAGACGAUCAAGAUCUACCCUGGGAUGUGGCAUCAGCUAGUCGGCGAACCGGAGGAGAACUGUGAUCUGGUCUUCUCCGACAUGUUGGAGUGGCUGAGGAGCCGAGCCUCACGCGCCGCCGCCACCGCCGCGGACGGCGGGGAUUAAACGUCGUAUCGUUCUCCCAAUAGGAGUGUGCCACGUGGCCUGUGAUGUCACGAUUUAAGCUCCUCUACUGUGUAAUAACUUAUUUCGAAAUAAUUUUAAAUAUUUGGUGCCCUGGGCCUGGGCCCAGUUCAGUGGGCCUGAUUGGCUAAUUAAAAUAGAAUUAAUAAAUUCGCCGACAAUCAUUGUCAAAUCAAAAUAUGUACAAACGAUGUCGUUUUAGGGUA